AUGCCAAACUCAACCGAAGGCCUGGAGCUAGCCGAGAUAAUCUUCUAUGCUAUUGCAACUAUUCCUGCCUUUUAUUGCUUCGCUAAACACGGCAAGCAUGGAUUACUCGGCUGGCUCUAUGUGAUUGUGAUGUGUGGACUGCGCUUGGUUGGAAACAGCAUGGCUUACCAUGCCAUGUCUACAACUGGACAUCCCAAUAUGACUGCCUCCAUUAUUAAUGGAAUCGGUCUUUCGCCGCUUUUGAUGGCAAGCCUGGGCCUCCUUAAUGAAUCGAAUCAUUCUAUUCAGCGAACACUCCCCGCGUUCCUCGGGGGUUUUGGCCUCCUCAUCCCUCAUCUGGUUAUUGGCGCUGGAAUUGGACUUGCGGCUGCUAGCAGCAAAAAUUCAACCUUGCUUGAAGUCGGCCUGGUGAUCUUUGCCAUCGGGUGGCUCAUCGUGGUAGCAUUUACCUUCAUUUCUUGGAAAGCAAAUUCCGCUUCUCUCCGACUUGAUGACGAGAAAAAGAUACUCCUUAGUGUCAUGAUUGCUAUGCCUCUAAUUGGUGUUCGAGUUAUCUAUGCAGUUGCCAGUACAUUUGCCAGUCAGUCAGCCUCCGGAGGCAGCUUGCCAGUGCGUGUCAUCCUCGGCACUCUCCCCGAGUUCCUGGUGAUGGUCAACUAUUUAACAGCCGGAGUGGUGACCCGGCACUUGCCUCGCAAUCGCGUGGAACAAGUUCCUGAGCCGACGUACAACACAGCCUAUAUCUCUGUAUGA